AUGGACAAGUCCACCUGCGGCAAACCCUGCCGUUACGAUAACAAGAAGUGCAUGGAUUGUAACUUCACGGAUUACAAGCCCCUGAGAUGGUAUACCGCGAAUGCUGCGCCAAAAAAGCAGGCCGGCAAUAGCGAGUACCGUGUAGUCGAUAGACACGACCACAGCUGUACCUUUCACCAACGCCUCGUAGGCGACCGAGCUAACUCAAUGAGCAAAAGGCCUAUGAAGAUUGGGGAGAAGAGCACACCAUAA